AUGACCACAGAGCUGGUGGUCUCCAUGGCUAUGCUCCUGUCAGAAAACAACAGGUCUUUCCUUCCCACCGCCAAGACUCCUCUCCACAACACCACAGAAUGGAUCCUGGUCCACAGCAUCGUCCCUCCCUACAUCUUCACCCUGUGUGUGACGGGGCUGCUGGGUAAUGGCUUUGUCCUGCUGGUCUUCCUUCUUCAGAGGGAGCAGUGCACCGUCCCAGAGAUCUACCUGGGAAAUCUGGCCCUGGCUGACCUGCUCCUCCUGGCUUGCCUGCCCUUCUGGGCCAUGAACAUCCUCAAUGACUACAACUGGCCUUAUGGAGACUUCCUGUGCCAUGUAGUCAAUCUGUCUAUCAUUGUCAACUUCUACACCAGCAUCUUCCUGUUGGUGAUGGUGAGCGUGGACCGCUACUUAGCGUUGGUGAGGACCUUGAGGGCCAGGUGGCUGAGGAAGAAGCGCUACGCGCGGGUGGUCUGCCUCAUACUGUGGCUGUUUGGGCUGCUGAUAGGGGGUCUAGCUUCGCUUCACAGAAAGGUGACGUUCGUUGAGGAAUAUCAGACAAUGGCGUGUAUUCUGGAGUAUCCUGACCACUCUGGGGAGUCUUGGAAGCUGGCCCACAACCUCCUGUUGAACAUAGUGGGCUUUGUUCUACCUGUUGUGGUGAUUUUUUCCUGUAGUUGUAACAUCAUCAGAGCCCUGAGGAAGAGGGGGAAGAGUGUUUAUAUAGAGGGUGGAAACGACAGGAAGGCCACGGUCCUCGUUUACGCCGUGACGCUGCUGUUUUUUGUAUGUUGGAGUCCCUUCCAACUCUUCACCUUACUCGAUAUACUGUGUGAUGCAGAGGUCUUGGAUGAGACGUGGCAUUAUACCCUGGACAUUGGUACCCAGUUUUCAACCUACCUAGCAAUUCUGAACAGUAGCCUAAACCCUGUGUUGUAUGUAUUUUCUGGUCAGUAUUUUAGGACGAAAGUUAGCACCAUCUACAGGAGAAUGAAGAAUCGCAGGAGAUCUGAUACGAUGGCAUUUCAGCUUUCAAUUGUAUCAACCUACCUCCACAGGACUGAUCAAAUCAAACCUGUUGUGAUAUAG